CUGACCCCAACUGACCAAGAGAUAUUCCAGACCAUAUGAUGUCAUGCUCAGCAUAUAAAGCUGGGGGAAGAAGAAGGAAGGGGGGACAUUCAGAGUGAUGGCCUUUGUCUUCCCAAGUAAUUGUUACGCGUGAUGGAGCCCUGCUUUCCUGGAGAUGGCUGAACACCUGCCUGCUGAUGGGAAGUAGCUAAUGAAUGACUUGUUUUGCUUUGCUUGUGCACACAGCUUUUGCUUUACCUAUUAAACUGUCUUUAUCUCAGCCCAUGAGUUUUCUCACUUUUACCCUUCCAAUUCUCUCCCCCAUCCCACCAAGGGGGAGUGAGCAAGCAGCUGUGUGGUGCUUAGUUGCCAACUGGGGUAAAACCACAACAAUAUGUUUUAUUUUAAAGGUAUUUUAAAAUUUUUGAUAAUCCAACCAAAUUAUUAGUAAUUCUUAAGAAAUGUUAAUAAAUAAAAACACUUUCUUUUUGUCUUUCCUUUUUUUGUAUGUAGGGACUGGAACGUCCAUUUGGCCCUAAAGGACCUUGGGGACCUCAGGAAGGAAAAGUCAUCUAAUUUGGGAUCAAAGUCACUAUGUGGAAAAAACAUUUUUUCUUUUGCUUUUUACUUCUGGCUGUGACAACAAACCAGAUAGUAUAUGGGCAAAACAGAAAGAAAGGAAAGAAUUCUUAUUCUUUCAUGCAAAAAGAUGAAGGUGAUACAUGUCUCAUUGAUAUAGUCUUUAUCUUGGACAGUUCAGAAAGUGCCAAAAAUCAGUUGUUUGAUAUACAGAAGAAUUUUGUUCAAAAUUUAACUGACAGCAUUUUCCAGAUGAAGCCAGUUAAGUCUCAGAAGUAUAAUGUCAAACUAGCAAGUAUGCAGUUCAGCAGCACAGUCAGCAUUGAUCAUCCCUUUACAGCCUGGAAAAAUUUGCAGAAUUUUAAAGAGAAAGUCAAGUCUCUGGGCUUUAUUGGCCACGGCACCUACUCCUAUUAUGCGAUUUCCAAUGCCACGCAGCUGUUUAAAACUGAAGGUCGUAAGAGAAGUGUGAAAGUGGCUUUUUUGAUGACUGAUGGUGUGGAUCAUCCAAACAGCCCUAAUGUCCAGAGUAUAGCCACAGCAGCUAGGAGUCUUGGAAUACAUUUUUCUACCAUUGGCCUUUCUAAGAAAAAUGUCCAAGAAGAAAAAUUGCGUAUGAUAUCUGGUGAUUCAUCCUCUAAGCAUAUCUUAUGCCUGGAUGAUGAGAACCUGAUAGUUGGUGUAGCGCUGGAACUGGAAGCCUUGCUUCAGAAGCAGUGUAUGCGGAAGAACUGUUGGUGUGAAAAGGGAGUAAAAGGAGACAAAGGUGAUUCUGGCAGUGCUGGUAACAGAGGGGAAAAAGGUGAGCCAGGACCAAAAGGAAAAAAGGGCGAUCCUCAAAAAGGAGAUCAGGGAGAAAAAGGUGAAGAGGGAGCUCCUGGCUACAAGGGAGACAAGGGUGAAAGAGGAGAAUGUGGAUCCCCAGGAAUAAAAGGGGAAAGAGGUUUGGAAGGUCCUUCUGGCCCUAGGGGACCUCGGGGACCUCAGGGUAUCAGUGGACCUCCAGGCGAGCCAGGCCCAAAAGGCAUUCAAGGAAGCAAGGGAGAGCAAGGCCCUUUAGGUCCCUAUGGUCCUCCAGGACUCCCUGGUGUUGGAGAACCAGGACCCAAGGGUGCUCAAGGUCAAGAAGGUAAAAUUGGAUUCCCAGGACCUCCUGGAAUUGGUGAGCCAGGAUUACCUGGACCACGUGGUCCUGAUGGUCUGCCAGGUGAGAAAGGUCCACCAGGAGAGGGCAUUCAAGGCCAAAAGGGUGAAAAAGGCUCUCAAGGUGUAGCUGGUCUUCCUGGACCUCAAGGUCAACACAUCAAAGGUGACAAGGGUGAACAAGGCCAAGUAGGACCACAGGGCCCAGCUGGACCACCAGGAACAGGCUAUCCAGGAAGCCGGGGUAUACAGGGUCCACAAGGAAACCCUGGGCCAAAAGGAUCUAAAGGCUUGGGUCUGCCAGGGGCAAAGGGUCAAUCAGGUGAACCUGGACAAAAAGGAGAACCAGGGCUUCCAGGAACUGGUGUACCAGGACUUAAGGGAGACAGAGGUCCAUCAGGACUCCCAGGAGAGAGAGGGGUGAAGGGAGAUCCUGGGAAGCCAGCGACAAAGGGGGAAAAGGGAGAUCAAGGUCCAAGAGGCCCAGAAGGACCCCCUGGCAAAGGAAAUGUAGGCCAAAAGGGUGACCCCGGAGAAAAAGGAUCCCAAGGACCAAUUGGUUCUAAAGGAGUACAAGGCCCAGCUGGACCAAAAGGUGAACCGGGAGAGAGAGGACCACCUGGUGUCGCUGGAUCAUCUAUUCGGGGGCCUGCUGGACCAAAGGGGGAACCAGGACCCGAGGGACCACCAGGAGAUGAUGGAGCUCCUGGAAAAUCAAUAAUGGGACCAACGGGUGGCCGGGGACCACCAGGACUACCUGGACCCCGUGGAGAAAAAGGUGAUGGCCACAAAGGUGAAGCUGGACCUCCAGGACCACCAGGCCCCCCGGGACCACCAGGCCCAAAUGGCGUGGGAGAUGCUGGACCAAAGGGAGACCCUGGAAUGAGAGGCUAUCCUGGGCCCCCGGGGCCACGGGGAAGCGGAACGGUUGGUCCCAAGGGUGUUAUGGGACAGAAAGGCUUGCCUGGUCCACCUGGCCCCCCUGGCGACAGCAUACAAGGAAACAAGGGAGAAAAAGGAAAUCAAGGUUUUCCUGGACUAAAGGGAUCAAUAGGAAUUGGCCUUCCUGGACCAAAGGGAGACUAUGGAGAUAAAGGUGAUCCAGGGAGCAAAGGUGCCAAAGGAGAGGCUGGAGACCCAGGACCUCCAGGACCAAAGGGAAUUUGGGGAAGAAAAGGUGAACCUGGUCUUUCGAGAGAAGAAGUUAUCAGACUUAUCAGUGAAAUAUGUGGUUGUGGUAUCAGAUGUAGAGUAACACCACUGGAACUAGUAUUUGUCAUUGACAGUUCAGAAAGCGUUGGACCAGAUAACUUCAAUAUUACCAAAACUUUUAUGAAAACAAUCAUUGACAAGAUAUCUGCCAACCACGCUACAACCCGCAUUGGCAUUAUCAACUUCAGCCAUAAAGUGGAGUUGGUGUCUUCUCUGAAGCAAUACUCAACCAAAGAAUACCUGAAAUCAGCUGUUGAUAAAAUGCCCUACUUAGGAGAAGGCACGUACACAGCUUCUGCUAUCCGAGAAGCCAUUCAGUUAUUUCAGGCAGCACGCCCGGCAGUAAGAAAAGUGGCUGUUGUAAUUACAGAUGGACAAGCGGACACUCGUGAUAAAGUACGGCUAGAUACCAUAGCAAGAGAGGCCCAUGCUAUGAAUAUUGAGGUAUUUGUCAUUGGGAUUGUUCAAAGGACUGAUCCUCAUUAUGAUGAUUUUCUGAAAGAAAUGCAGCUCAUUGCAACAGACCCUGAUGAAGAACAUGUUUACCAGAUAGAUGACUUCAUGACACUUUCAGCUCUUGAAAAUAAACUGAUCACAAAAAUCUGUGAGAAUGUGUCUGAAGUCUACACCAGAAAAGAUAUUGUUUUAUCUCUAUCUCCAAGUCCGGAAUCUGAAAUUGCUAGUGAAGAUACCAAUAGCCAGUUACCCAAAAUGACAACUUCAGAGAUUUAUACACUCCCUACAGAAGGAAUCAGUUAUCCACCUAGUCCACCACAGACCAGAUAUACUGAGCCACUGCCAUCUCCUCAGGAUCACACUGUGACCACCCCUGCUCACACAGAAUCGAGAUUUCCCCCACUUUAUGACAUAUCUGAAAUGAGACCUCAGAGUCCAGUUGUCAAUUCUUUGUUCAAUGUAACUGCUACAGAAGAUCACCACCUAACUGUGUUGCAAACACAGGUAGCAACAACCCAAAAAGAUCCAAGGUGCUUGGAACCUAUGAAACCAGGGGAUUGUCGGGACUAUGUGGUGAAAUGGUAUUAUGACAAGAAUGGCAAUUCUUGUGGCCAGUUCUGGUAUGGAGGUUGCAAUGGUACCAACAAUAGAUUUGAAACAGAAAAAGAAUGUCGAGAAACCUGCAGUGAUUGAUGAAUAAAAAUGACUGCUGUUUGGAGUUUUUAAAGCUGGAAGUUCAUGUGUAUUGAGGAAGAACUGACUGAGAAGAAUCCAAAGUGAUGUGUUAACCCGAAUAUAUUACUACCACUCUCUACUGCUUUCCCCAAUAUUGUAUUCACAUUAACUAGAUUCCUGUAUAACGUAUGUUAUCUGCAACACCAUAGCAAUAACUUACGAUCACACAUACACACACAUGGGAACACACCUUCUCCUUCCACAUUUAUAUUAACUUGUUACUACUACAUGUGGCAAUGAUGAGAUUCUAUUUUUGGGAUUAAAAAGUCAAAAGUGUUUACACUUAGCAUUUAAUCAUAGAGGUCUCAGUCUCAUGGAAGAAUAAAAUAUGCUCUAGUUUAAAACAGGGUAAGUGGUUCCUGAAAUUAGCACUCUUAAUACAGCAUUUAGAGACAUAAAUUAAGAUUUCCAUUAAUUAGAGUACCUCUUUGGAAUGUAAAUACCACAGCUAUAGGUAAUUAGAGGGGUUUUUUCCCCCCAUUAAAGCACAUUUGGAUUAACAUCAAUAUAAUCUUUUCAAUUAUAAAGGUAGGACUUUCAUUCAGAAUUACAUUAAAAACAGGAUUCUUCAUGUCCUUUAGGCUAGUUAAUACAUUUCAAUUUCUCAGGGCCUCUGUGUUAGAAAAAAAAAAAAAAAGGUUAUUUCGCUCUAAUAUAUGCUAUUCAAUUAAAAAAGAGAAAAGCACUGAAAGAUGUAUAUAAAUGUUUACUUAUAUGAUUUCUACUUUUAGCCAUAAUCCUACAUGAACAUAUCAUUAAAACUGAACAUAAUGAGCAUGUGAUUAAAAUGGAAAGCAAUACCUGAAAGAGUCAUGGAUUGUUAUUUUUGCAAACAAAAGACUAGUAUCUACACAGGCAGUAUGGACAAUUCUUGAUAUGUUUAAACAAUUACUUGCACAAUUUUCCCCCCCCAUGUAACCAAAUGAUAGCAUGUACCAUGCAAAAUGAACUUGUUUGCAGCAGAUAGGGUGCAAAUGUAAUUCUAUGGAAAGAUGUGCUUGAAGUACAGUUGAAAAGUUCCUAAUUUUUUUUUUUUUUCCCAAAAGUCUGGCCUCAUUAGUGAGUUUCAAAGUAGAAAAGAACGAACUGACAGCAGCCCCCAAAAACCAUCCUGCUCUUAUUAUACUCAGAACUAAUCUGAUGAUCACUCAAAAAAACCCCUGAGGGCACAAUUAAUUUGUGUGACAUGGAACAGCAAAACUCAAGGACAUUACCUUGUACUAUGUGUCCUGUGAUACCCUGAAAAUGAAGGGACUCAAUGUUGUAGAACAAAAGUCAAGCUGAUGAAAUCAAGAACUAGUUUCCUUUCACAGAAAAAAACCCAGAAAGUAAAAUUUGACACAACUUUUAAUAAGUCUGUUAGGGUUUUUUGCAUCAGAAAAAUAAAUUGCUUCAAAGUGUACAACAAAUGAUACAGAUGGACUCGUGAUAAAUAAAAUCAGCUACAUAUAAAGCUGGACAUAAGCAGCAAAUAAGAUAAAAGAUUAAAUAAAAGGUUUCAAGUAAACAAACUGCCUACUAGUGGUGCAAAAAGAUCAUGGAAAGAACCAAACUACUGUUCAGUAGUAAAGCCAAGGCCAUCAUACCAAGAAUAUCAAUGUGCUGGAGACCUUUAAUUGUGAACGGAUGUCCAGAACAAGAGAGGAAUAAACACAAAUUUUAGGGAAAAAGAAGAGCAAGAAGGAUAGACACAAUGAUGCUUUCAAAUUGGCUGGAAACAGUAGAUUCAAAACUUAAAACAUACUAAAAUAUAUUAACAUACUGUCAAGCUUGAAAGAUGUAUUGAAAGACUUUUUUUCUAGGCUAGGUCUCAGAUCCAGUAUUCAGAAUUGAUUUCUGUUAGAUGACAAAGUCAAUGUAAGAAAUAUUAAAAGAAAGAGGCAGUGCAAACAUUUUUAAGAAAAAGAUUAGCCCAAAAUAUGACUCUCAAAAGACGAAAAAAACCAUCCAAAAGAAAAAAAAAAAAAAAAAGCACCAGCAUCCCCCCCCAUCCCAAAAGGACCCUCACCCCACAGCAGCCUGGAGUCAGUAACACUGUGACAUCAUACACUGAUAUAGGCAAGCAAGUUACUUAAGUUGGAGAUUUAGAUAGAUAGAUAUAGAUAACUAGAGAGAUAGAUAAGUAGGUAGAUACAGGGAUAGAGAUACAUCCAGAUGAAGAUGCAGAGAAAAGAUCUUUUCAUCCAGAAAAGAUGAAAAAUUUGCACAGUUAAACUCUACAGUAGAUUACCUUGCGAAUAGCUGUAAAAAAACCCUCUAAGUGUAACAUGUUACAAGAUCCACUUCAUUUCACACCUACUAGGAAUAUUUUAGGUUUAGCUGCACCUGGAAACCCACAGCAGCAAAGCCCACUGGAAUUGCAAGGAAGUCUAGGAAUUUGCAGGAUCUUUCAAGUCUGUUCUAAUCUUCUGUGCCCGAGCAGUUUCUUCAGGGAUGCGAUUAGCUGUUGUGUUCGGCUCCAGAUCUCCAAAGAGAUACAUCUUGUCUAAGGAAUACUGGGGAUAAUGAAUUUGGGAAUAAAUGUGAAGAUGUAAGUUAUGGGUUUGCAAUAAUACCUUUUACAAUGUCUAGUGCAAACCUUUCCGGUAAAGUUGACAAGCUUUAAUAAGUACAAAUAGUGACAUCAUUUGCUACAUAACAAUGCUAAAAAAAAGAAGCAGUUACUCUUU